GGUUUUAAAGAGGAAGUAGGUCAAAUGGCCAAACCAACUAAUUUCUUAGGAAGAAAGCGAGAGAGAGUAGGCCCCAGCAUAUAAUUGCCAUCUGUACACGCAAGAGCCUCUUGUUUUGACCGGAGAGGGAGAGAGAAAUUUCCACCCUUUUUCCACUUCCGUCUUUAACACAAAGUUACGGGCGAUUCUUGUAACCCUUCCCUUCAAAAUUCAAUCCUUACCCUCGGAGUCCACGCACUCUGAUACAAUUUCCAGGGGUCUUUCGGUCUUUUCGAAAUAGAAGGGUAUAUAUCAGUCUUAGCCCUUAACGCCCAAUUCCAUAUAAGUCCCUUCUUUUGCCCCUCUUCGUUCUCACGCCAUUUUGCUUCUCAUUGUGCGAGAAAUAGGGUUAUCUCUCUCUACAAUUACAGAGAACUAAGGUUUCUUCCUCCCUCUAGAACUGCAGAUAUAUAAAUUGCAUAUACUAGGAGUUUUCAAAAGGAAAGAUGCAGGGGUUUGCUGCUUACAGCAAAGGAGAUUUAGAGGCGGGGACUUUGUAUCCGGGGCUUGGCUAUGGCGAAAAUGAGCUUCGAUGGGGUUUUAUACGCAAAGUUUAUGGAAUUCUCGCUACCCAAAUUGUUCUCACCACUGUGGUUGCGGCUAUCGUAGUUUUGCAUCCGCCUAUAUCACAUUUGUUGCAGAAUAGUCCUGGUUUGGCCAUUGGAUUGGCAAUUCUUCCCCUCAUUUUGAUGUGCCCACUAUACUAUUAUCAUCAGAAGCAUCCAGUGAAUCUUAUUCUACUUGGGCUGUUCACUGUUUUCUUGAGUCUCUCGGUUGGUGUUGCCUGCGCAAAUACUGAAGGAACUAUUGUAUUGGAAGCUCUCAUUUUAACAUCGGCUGUUGUAUGCUCCUUGACUGGAUACACAUUCUGGGCCUCAAAGAAGGGAAAGGAUUUUAGCUUCCUUGGUCCAAUUUUAUUUGCUGGGCUGAUGAUCCUGAUUCUAACUGGCUUUAUUCAGAUAUUCUUCCCACUUGGAUCUGCUGCAUCUGCUGUAUAUGGAGGUCUUGGCGCCCUCAUUUUCUCAGCUUAUGUAGUUUACGACACUGAUAAUCUCAUUAAGCGAUUCACCUAUGACGAAUACAUAUGGGCGUCUGUCAUCCUCUAUCUCGACAUCCUCAACCUGUUUCUGUAUCUUCUUCAGCUUCUAAGAGGUGUUCAGUCUGAUGGGUAGCGAGGCAAUCACAUUACACCAAUUACUUUUUCGAUUGCUUAUGUCACUGGGUAAAUUACAACAAUACCGCUAUUUUUCAAAAUUGAUGCUAGACUGAUGUGUCAAUGUUUACAAGAAUGCCUCAACUUGCAUUUUGGAUGAAAUGUAUAAAUCCUAGUCCCUCUCUCUCUCUCACUCAAAUACUGGGAAAGAACCUUCUUUCCGGUCUGUAAGUUCCUGUC